ACUAGUUUUUUCAGUUCCGUGCUUCAGACUGUGUAAGCCGGCAUUAUUGCAAUGAUUUGAAUCUGUAGUAAACGUCACGAUUUGAAUAGUGGCAAGUGGCAACAUUGUUCAGUUGUAUCUGUCAUUUUGUCACGAUGCCUCCUAAGAAGCAGCCCGAGAAAUCAGGGUCCUCCGGGGCUAAGCCUGCUGAAAAGAAGCCAGCUACAGCUAAAACACCAGCGGCAGCACCUAAAGUUGCUUCAACAGCCAGUGCUCCAAAAGCCGCAUCAUCUAAAACUCCAGCACCAGCGCCUAAAGCAGCUGCGCCUAAAUCUGCUCCUGCUGCAGCCAAACCUGCUGCAGCUGCGGCUAAGCCUGCUGCUGCACCAGCCCCCAAGCCUGCUGAGAAGAAGUCAGCAUCAGUGCCCUCAGCAAAACCUGGUUCAGCUAAAGCCGCUGCACUUAAGGCAAAGUCUAGUGCUAAGCCAUCAGCUAAAAAAGCAGCAUCUGCUUCUAAGGCUGGUAAACCAAAACCUGCAGCAGCAAAACUAAAGAUUGCACCCAAGCCCAAGAAGACUGGUAUUAAGGGACAGAAGAAAGUUGUUAAACCUGUAGUCAAGGCUCUUAAGGCUCAACGGAAAGUGGUUAAAGGUGAACAUGGAAAAAGAGUUAGGAAAAUCCGCAACUCGGUUCAUUUCCGCAGGCCAAAAACAUUUGAGCCUCCAAGGCAACCCAAAUAUCCGAGGAGGUCCCUUCCAAGGAGGAAUCGCAUGGAUGCAUUCAACAUCAUCAAGUUUCCCUUGACCUCUGAAGCUGCUAUGAAGAAGAUUGAGGACAAUAAUACCUUGGUAUUCAUUGUUCACACUAGUUCCAACAAACACCACAUAAAGGCUGCGGUCAAGAAGCUAUAUGAUAUCAAUGUUGCAAAAGUGAACACUUUGAUAAGGCCUGAUGGUAAAAAGAAGGCGUACGUCCGGCUAGCACGAGACUAUGACGCAUUAGAUGUUGCCAACAAGAUUGGAAUUAUAUAAACAUGUAUAUUUUUAAGAAUACAAGUAAAAUACUAA